AUGUCCACCGGCUCUGCAGCGAGUGAUGCUGAGGACUACGAGACCUGCCACAGACCCAUUCUGGAGAGGACAGAACACAAGACCACGUGCUGCAGCCGAUCUUCUGAUGAGGAUUUGGAGGGUGACGCCGCUGAGAGGAGGAAGAAGCACCCUGAGCGCAAACUCUCCAAAGCGCACCAGCAGAGAGACGCGCGCCAAACGCAGAGAAACGCAGCGAACGCCAGGGAGAGGGCGCGCAUGAGAGUGCUGAGCAAGGCUUUUUCCAGGCUAAAAACCAGCCUGCCCUGGGUCCCCGCGGACACCAAGCUCUCCAAACUGGACACGCUGAGACUGGCGUCGAGCUACAUCUCUCACCUGAGGCAGCUGCUGCAGGAGGAGCGCUUCGAGAACAGAUUUGCGCACCCAGUCAAUCUGACCUGGCCCUUCAUGAUGACAGGACGCUCAGAGGACAGCCAGGACAUCUCGUCCACCGUCAGACUGUGUGGCGCUACAGCAUAG